AUGCUCCUCCGGCUCUUUCCUUCCAUUGCCCGACCCUUCUCAGUCUCUUCCCGGUCAAGAGAAAUGGGCCAGGACAGUUCAGAAUGUGAAGUGAUUCAAGUGAAGAGGCGCGCAACAUUACGUUUAUGCAAUGUGUCAAGUUACGCUACUGAAAUACUGGAGAUUCGAGCUGACGAUCCAACAUUGCAUGUUGUAGUUAUCCCUGGAAAUCCAGGUGUUGUUUUAUUCUAUAAAGAGUUUUUGGAGUCACUAUAUGAGCUGCUGGGUGGAACUGCGUCUGUGACAGCUGUUGGGCAUAUAUCUCAAACAAAAAAGAGCUGGGAGCAUGGAAGGUUGUUCUCAUUACAAGAACAAAUUAAUCAUAAGAUGGACGUCAUCAGACAGGAAUUGCAAAAUAAUGAAGUUCCUAUAUUACUGGUUGGGCACUCUAUUGGUUCAUAUAUAUCUGUCGAAAUGUUUAAGAGGUCUCCAGAGAAGGUGAAAUAUUGUAUUGGACUAUAUCCAUUUUUGGCACUAAACCUACAAUCCAGAAAGCAGUAUAUUAUUGGGAAGAUUGCAGAGUCCCGUAUUCUAUGUGUUGUCUUCAGCUUUAUUGUUGUGCUCUUGGGUUUGUUGCCUAUCCGACUGUUGAGGUUAAUUGUGACCACAUUCCUUGGGAAGUUCUGGUCAGCUACUGCAGUUGACGCUGUUUGCUCUCACUUGGUAAAGUACCAUACCAUGCGAAAUGUCCUCUUUAUGGCAAUGACAGAAUUCAGAAAGCUUUCAGAAACACCAGAUUGGGCAUUCAUGAGGGAAAAUCAACACAAAAUUGCAUUUUUGUUUGGCAAUGAUGAUCACUGGGGUCCACUGCAGAUGUUUGAAGAGAUUUCCAAGCAGGUUCCAGAUGCUGCUCUAUCAAUUGAAAGAGAGGGCCUCACUGAUCAUGGUUUUUGUUGUACUGAGGCCGGUUCAUUGUGGGUGGCCGAGCAUGUAGCAAAGUUGAUCAAGAAUCAAAAAGCAUCACAGUAA